AUGGAUUACACCCUCAGGCCUCCGUCGCUCCAGGUGAGUGUUCCGCAAGAGGGCCCGGUGUACUCCGACGGAGGAUGCCACGCCGUGUCGGACGGGUCCAUGCGAUCCAGCUCCUCCACGCCGACGCUGCGCCGCAAGCGCUUCAAGAUGCGACGCAUGAGGAACGUGCCCAGCGAGCGGGACGUGGGCCGGGCGAAGCUGACCAACUGUCACCUGGCGGUCAGAUCUCGCUCCAGCUCAAAGGAGUACCUCCAGCUGCCCUCCAUCGAGAUCACGCCAUCCAGCGACGAGGACGCCGCGUCCACUUGGUCCAGCUGCUCCACGCCCAGCGCCUCGCCUCGUCGCAAGCGUUUCCUGCUGAGGAGAUGGCUGAAGGUCAGGGAGAAGAAGGAGCAAGGCAGUGAAAGCAGCAGCCAGCAAAGCAGUCAGCAAAGCAGUCAGCAAAGCAGCCUGCAGAGCAGCCACGAAGAUGACAGCACUCGCUUCUUGACACCAUUAAUCCGAGAGGAGAGGUCUGACAGUGCAGCGGACAAAAUCAGGUAA